AGAGAGAGAGAGACAGAGACAGAGAGAGAGAAUGAGAGAGAGAGACUGCUUGAAUGAUCUCAUCCCUCCAGCAGCUGCAUAGCGCAGCCAGUCAAACCCGUAACUUUCUAUCAAACUUCCAAGUUGCCUGUCGGAGGGCGACACCGGGGCAUUUUCGGUUCGAACCGGAGCGAACACGUUUCCCGGAAAGGAGAGGAAAGCGUGGUGCGCAGCGUGUGUGUCGGACUUUACAGGACCUUGUUAACGAGUUGAAACAAAAAGAGGAAAAAAACCCCGCCUCGCAUUGUGUGACAUCGGAAAGCUCAAGGCAGAAAGGAGGAAAGGUGCCACUUUUACCAUGUGAGUUGUAGUAAAACAGGAUUUCUGGCACAACAAUGAGGAUAGUUUGUCCGGAAGAAGACAAGUGCGGUGGCAGUGUCGAGAAGCAGUAUGAAGGCUUGAAUGCUGAAGAGGUGGGCUUGCCCCUGCACACGUUUUUCUGCCCUUUACUUGUCGAUCCAGACAAUCAACCUGUCCAUGAAGUCGGGGAUCAGCAUCCCAUCCCAGAGGCAGCCAUGUCUCUCUGCUAAGUGCCUUUAGCAUUUUGCACUGGUGUAAUCACCAGCCUGAAGUGUCCACCAAUGGAGCGCACCGUUGGGGGUUCCAUCCCCGCCACUGAUGAAUUUUUCACCCGCCACCUCCGUAUGGUCAAUGGAGGAACUGUGCCAACCCGCACAGACAAUGUCCAUGCCACUGUGAGCACAGGAGUGCCUAAAAUGGGUGUACGGGCUCGGGUGGCUGACUGGCCCCCAAGGAAAGACAUUGCUGGGGUUGUGUGGCACUCAGCUACAGAGCCGGAGAACUCUGGCAUGCCCUCUGCUGGCAAAAGUCACAUUAAGUUAGGCUCUGUAAUGAGCCCUCAAGACUCGUCAAUGCUGCGUAACAUUCACAACACUUUGAAGAAUCGAGCUCAGGCCCAAGCCAACAACUACAGCCCUGACACCCGGUACCUAGUCCCAGGAGACUACAGAGGCCCUGCACAUAGAAACCCACGACAGAGACGGAUCCGUCAGCGCAGCAACAGUGAUAUGACUAUCAGUGAGAUGGAAGGCAGUGGAGACAGUGGAGAGGACUGGGGUCCAGCAUCGGGAGCCAAAUGGUCCCCACUCCAUCGCGAAUACGGUAGCACCUCAUCAAUAGAUCAACAUGGAGCAUCUGGAGAGAGCUUCUUUGAAAUGCUUAGGGCCUAUCAAGGGGACAAAGUGGACCAGCGUAGCCCUGCUCCAGAGAAACUGGAGGACAUGCUGAUUGUUGGGCAAAAGCAGGCCAGCUUUGAUCUUCAGGAGGAUGUCGUAGACAGCCAGACUCCUAAAGCCAGAGAUAAGCCCCCAAAGAGAAGAACUAAAUCUGAGACGGGGGGUGAGUCUAUAUUCCGUAAACUUCGGAGCGUGCGGGGUGAGUCUGACUCCCCUAAAGCAGGGUCUGACAUAGAGGACAGCCGGACGGAGGACACAGGCCCCCCUUUCAAGCCCUGGGUGUGUCAGAAAAGCUUUGCCCACUAUGAUGUUCAAAGCAUGCUGUUUGACCUCAACGAAGUUACUCAGCUGCGGCAGAUUGCAGGCAAGAGGAAAAAUACCACCACGGGGGCAUCUGCUGCUGCUGUAGCCUCGGCUACCUCCACCCUCUCGUCCACACACAGCUUGCCUUACAGCUCCCCGGGGGGUAGCCAGGAAGACCUCAGUUCUAGGGACAGUCCUGGUCUGGACACAGAGGAUGAACAGAGCAAUGAAAUUCUGCUAAGUUGCCCCUGCUUCCGCAACGAGAUAGGUGCUGAUGGCAAUGGGAGGCGCAGAAUGGGAGUAGGUGGGGCAGGGUAUCAUGGGCUUGUGGGCGGUGGAGCAGUUCACAAUGGCUCAGGGAUGCUGAGUGUGGAAGGAAACUUGUACGAAACAUCUGUGAGCACACACUGCACUAAUGCUGGAGUAGCAGUGCUAGAGGGACCAAAGGAAGGCCCCAGCAUGCUCAGCGAAAAGGGUAAACAAUACAUUGUGGAGCAUGUGGACCUGGGAGCCUACUACUACAGGAAGUUCUUCUACCUGAGGGAGCACUGGAACUAUUUUGGGAUUGACGAGGCGCUGGGACCAGUGGCAGUGAGCUUGCGCAGGGAGAAGCUGGAGGAGGAAAAGGAGCACGGCCAGCAGUAUAACUACCGUCUCAUCUUCAGAACCAGCGAGCUCACCACUCUGCGAGGUUCUGUCCUGGAGGAUGCCGUGCCUUCCACCUCUAAGCACGGCACCACCCGGGGGCUGUCCAUCAAGGAUGUACUGGAGUACGUGCUGCCUGAGCUGGAUCUGUCCUGCCUCAGACUGGCACUCAACACGCCCAAAGUCACUGAGCAGCUGAUGAAACUGGAUGAACAAGGGCUAAGUUUUCAGGUGAAGGUGGGGGUGAUGUACUGCAGAGCGGGCCAGAGCACAGAGGAGGAGAUGUACAACAACGAGAUGGCCGGUCCCGCCCUGGAAGAGUUCCUCCAACUGUUGGGGGAGAAAGUUCGCCUCAAGAGCUUCACCAAGUACAGAGCCCAGCUGGACACCAAAACGGAUUCCACGGGUACUCACUCCCUGUACACGACUUACAAGGACUAUGAGAUCAUGUUCCAUGUGUCAACUUUGCUGCCUUACACACCCAACAACAAACAACAGUUGCUGAGGAAGCGCCACAUAGGGAACGACAUUGUGACCAUUGUGUUCCAGGAGCCCGGCGCUCACCCUUUCACCCCGAAGACCAUUCGCUCUCACUUUCAACAUGUCUUCAUCAUUGUAAGGGUGCACGAUCCCUGCUCUGACAACACAUGCUACAGUGUGGCGGUCACUCGUUCCCAGGACGUUCCCUCCUUUGGUCCCCCAAUCCCCAAAGGCGUGACCUUCCCCAAGUCUACUGUCUUCAGGGACUUCCUGUUGGGCAAAGUCAUCAACGCUGAGAACGCAGCCCACAAGUCGGAUAAGUUUGGUGCCAUGGCAACGCGUACACGGCAGGAGUACCUUCGAGACUUGGCAGAGCGUCAUGUGACCAGUACUCCAGUAGAACCCACUGGGAAGUUCCCCUUCAUCUCUUUGGCGCACAAGCGACGGGAGAAGGUGCGUCCGUACAGUGGGGCGGAGCUGCGGAGCCUGGGGGCCGUCACAUGGCAGGUUCAUGCUGAAGACCAGGUAGCCUGUGCUGAACGCGAAUGCCUGUUGGCCAUUUCAAAUGACUUCAUCAUCCUGUUGGAUCAGGAGGCCAAAGCGGUCGUGUUUAACUGUGCCACACGCGAUGUGAUUGGUUGGUCAACGGGGAGCCCUGCCUCCAUGAAGAUCUACUAUGAGCGUGGUGAGAGUGUAUCACUGCGCUCCAUCAAUAACAACACAGAAGACUUUGGAGAGGUUGUCAAGAGACUGGAGCUGUUGACCAAGGGCAGUCAGACCACAGAGAUGACCCUGCGACGUAACGCCCUGGGCCAGCUGGGCUUUCAUGUCAACUUUGAGGGCAUUGUUGCCGAGGUGGAGCCCUAUGGCUAUGCUUGGCAGGCUGGGCUCAGGCAGGGCAGCCGAUUGGUGGAGAUUUGCAAAGUGUCGGUGGCCUCGCUGUCUCACGAACAGAUGAUCGACUUGCUCAGAACCUCCGUUACUGUUAAAGUGGUCAUCAUCCCUCCACAUGAGGACUCCACACCACGCAGAGGUUGCUCAGAAAUCUACCACAUGCCGCUGGUGGAUUACAAGAACCACAAGGAGGGCAUGCCCUACGAGUUAAAGUUCCCUUUCCGGCCCACCACCAACAACAACAACACCAAGUGGCCACGUACCUCGUCCAGCCCUCAAACACGCGCUGCUGGCACAGGGGGAACACUCAUCAAGGCCCCACCUUCAGACUUCAGUGACCGCAACUCUGCUGCUAUUCCCCGAAGUGUGUCCAGUGACGGACGACCCCUCAACCCCAAAAGAUACUCCCCAGGGAACGACAACUACGCUCUUGCCUGCUCCAUUGUGAUGGGUCGCACAAUGCACAACACAAACUCUCCUUCCAGCCUCCCCUGCACAGACGCCAUGAGCUCCAACCAGUGGAGGCAGAAAUCUAUGCCUGAUGGGUUUAAUAACAACAGCUGCCAGUCCCCUGUGUCAUCUUUGCGGCAGCUGGCAGGGGAGGGUGUCAAUGGAAUCAAAGGGUGCACUAGCUCUGGUGUUGGAUGGUCCCGAACUGGGGAGAGGGACAAAACCAGUCCAGACACCGUGGUUUCCAAAGGGGUGAUUCCUAGACUCCAGUCAUCAGAGCAGGGCAGCCAUCUGUCUCCAAACAAAAGCACUAAGCCGGACGCUCCAUAUUCAGCCAGCCAGUCUAGCAGCAACACACUCUCGAGCAACGCUUCCAGCUCUGCUCACAGCGACGAGAAGUGGUAUGAAGUUGGCUCACGUUCAGGAGUACGCAUCGAUCUCGAGCUCAACGGCUAUCUUCAGGGCACCUCCACUGACAGCGGCAUCGAUGCCACCUCCUUCACUGCCACACAAAGCAGCACAGCUUCCUCCACUGGUGCCUUCAGGGCCAAAGAAAAAAUCCAAAGGCAGGAUGACACAGCAGGCAGCCUGAGGGCCACAGACUCUGCACCUCCAAUCCCAGACUCUCCUGUCACCAUCGGAGGCAGUGAGAUCCCAGCAAUGAGUCCAUCUGCCUUUCCACUAGUACCUGAUAGCCAGAGUGACGCCGCCUCCCACUCCAGCACACUCAGUUCUAGCCACUCGGGGAGUCCCAUGGACCAGGGGCAAGACGAGGCGGCUGCUGCAGCCACCUCACCUACAUCACCAGGCAGCAAGAGCUUCUACCCUCGUCAAGGAGCGACCUCCAAGUACCUGAUUGGAUGGAGGAAACCUGGUGGGACAGUCAACUCUGUAGACUUUGGCAGCACUCGCAAACGGCACCAGAGUGAUGGUCUGCUGGGUGGUCAGCCGCAGCUCAGGGCCAAUCUCCGGGGUUCCCAGUCUCCUCAGCGGCACACUGCCAAGUCCAGCUUGGAAGAAGACUUGAAGAAGCUCAUCACACUUGACAGCCCGCCACCUACUACAAGUGAAGAGAAGCCGUUGUUUCCGGGUCCAGCGCCCACUCGCCGCUCCCUCCACAGAACCCUAUCAGAUGAGAGUAUUUACAGCGGGCAGAGGGAGCCGUCCUCCAGUGCACAGCGCGACACGCCUACUGACCUUCUGUUCAGCUGCUCCACCAUGCCCCGCUCACCCACCGCUCGCCAUGGACCAAGCCGGCGAACAUCACACAAAUCCCUGGGAGACCUGUCGGCCCCAGAGAGCUCAGAUCUGGAGCUGGAGAGGAAGAGGCAGCAGCUGCAGGACGCUGUCCUCAUGCCACUGCCGGACACUGAGGCAGACGGCCCGCUGGACUGGGCCCACCUGGUAGACGCCGCCAAGGCCUUUGAGGAGCAGAGGCUGGUCUUCCUUGCAGCCCAAGAGGAGAGCACCAUGACUGAGUGUGCAGCAGCCAGCAGUCCCCAGCAGGCUGAGCCUCAGGCAGCCCCGCUGAGACAGCCCUCGCCUGGAGAGACUCCGGCCUGCCUGAUGGGAAAGGUCAGCCAGCUGGAGUCGAUGGUGAAAGUGCUACAAGAGGACUUGAAGAAAGAGAAGGAUGCCAAGGUGUCACUGCAGGCUCAGAUCCAGAACCUGCGAGAAGACAACCAGCGUCUCCUGGAGGAGUCCUACAGCGCCUCAGCCAAGCUCAAGAAGUUCACAGAUUUAUGCAGUGGAUUGAUUGACAGCGCCACCUAGUGCUGACAACAUGCCCUCCAUCCAUAGCAUGCUUCAAUGCCUCAAUCUGAUCCUUAUUCUCUAUUUUAAAUCGGUACUGUUAAACAUAUGAUUACACAGUAAGAUUAUGUGUAAAUCCUGAAAUUCCAGCUACAGAGUUCUCUGUAGUGCGUAAAUCUGCUUGUAAACCAGACCUGGAAUUGGUCUGUAGAUAACCACAGAAAGUCCUUAUUUAAGCCUCAUAACUGUUCCUUUUGUACUCAGAUACUGUGCAACUGUAUAUAAGAAGAGUUUGAUAUUCAUCGGAAUUUGCACCUUCAUUCUUAUUUUGUAAGAUUAUUUUGUAUGUCUUUCUGCUUUAUUGGCUAGGAUAUAGUGGAGAAUUAAAGGCGCUAUAUGAAAGAUAAACAGGGGAGACGUAAGACAGGACAGAGACCAUGAGCCGGACUCAAGACGAAUGAGUCCCAGGCCCCUAGCACAGCAGAUCGCCCCUGCCACCUUCAUUAUGAACAUGUGUGACAGCAUGUGAUCCUUUCCAUUGAGCUGUGAUGUGUAAACAUGUUUAUAUCUAUUAAAGAUAUUUUGUUGAAUUACA